GCCGGCUCCUUCUUCGCAGCCAUGGAGGCGGAUGGGAGCCAGGCGAUCUCGGGGAGCCCCAACGACUCGCAGCACGACCCGGGCAAAAUGUUCAUCGGCGGCCUGAGUUGGCAGACCUCGCCAGAUAACCUUAGAGAUUAUUUUAGCAAAUUUGGAGACAUAAGAGAAUGUAUGGUUAUGCGAGACCCGACCACAAAACGUUCCAGAGGCUUUGGUUUCGUUACAUUUGCAGAUCCGGCAAGCGUAGAUAAAGUAUUAGCUCAACCCCAUCAUGAAUUAGAUUCCAAGACGAUUGAUCCUAAAGUUGCAUUUCCCCGACGAGCUCAACCUAAGAUGGUCACGAGAACAAAGAAAAUAUUUGUAGGUGGAUUAUCUGCUAAUACAGUAGUGGAAGAUGUAAAGCAAUACUUUGAGCAGUUUGGCAAGGUAGAGGAUGCCAUGCUUAUGUUUGACAAGACCACCAACAGACACAGAGGCUUUGGCUUUGUAACUUUUGAGAAUGAAGAUGUGGUCGAAAAAGUCUGUGAAAUCCAUUUUCAUGAAAUCAAUAAUAAAAUGGUGGAAUGUAAGAAAGCACAACCUAAAGAAGUGAUGUUUCCACCAGGGACGAGAGGAAGGGCUCGAGGAUUACCAUAUACCAUGGAUGCUUUUAUGCUAGGGAUGGGAAUGUUGGGUUACCCGAAUUUUGUUGCAACCUAUGGCCGAGGAUACCCUGGAUUUGCCCCCAGUUACAGUUAUCAGUUCCCAGUGCUUACCGUGGGAUCUUCAAUCAAACCCAGUUACCCAGGUUUUCCAGCAGCAGCCUAUGGACCAGUAGCAGCAGCAGCAGUGGCGGCAGCAAGAGGAUCAGGUAGGGGGGCCCGUGGAAGAGGCGGCUACAUGGCAUACCCUCAGAAUACAGGGGCAGGGAUCCCUGAUUACGGUUUCUAUUCUCCGCCCGGUGACCAACGGGCUACGUUAUCGUACGCGGACUAUGGUUCCAUGGGGCCUCGGGUGGCUCAGAUGCUUCGUAGCGAGCACCCUGCUUCAGCGAGUAACUCCCCCCUCCACCACCUUCCCAGCCCGGAUCAAUUUAAGAGCCCAGUCUUGAAUAGCUACAGUGCUCAACCGAAUUUUGGCGCACCCGCUUCCCCGGCAGGCUCCAACCCGGCCCGACCCGGAGGAUUUCCAGGAGCAAACAGCCCAGGGCCAGUUGCAGAUCUCUAUGGUACAGCCAGUCAAGACUCCGGUGUUGGUAACUACAUAAGUGCUGCCAGCCCCCAGCCUGGCUCCGGCUUUGGGCAUGGAAUUGCCGGACCUUUGAUUGCAACGGCUUUUACAAAUGGAUACCAUUGAAACGUUACACAGGGCUGGUUGCCAUCUCACUUGGAGAGUAUAUCUGGAUGUCCAGGCAAGACAGGGAGAAGUUUCUGAAUGGUCCCAUGUUUAGGUGAUACAUCAUCAGACUUUGAGCAUUACAUCAUCAUCAAAUAACCCACACAAACUGGAGGUGGCACUCAGCGGACUUGGUUGUCCAAAAUCUCUUAUCAUCUCAUGAACCUGCUGUACUAUAUAGAACAACAGCUUUUUAAAACUGUGUAUAUAUAAUCCAU